CGCCCCGCUCUUUGCAGGACGUCACUGCUGACUGCAGGGGCCUGAGCCGCUGCUGCCGCCGCCGCAGCCGCUGCCGCGCAUCCCCACAUCAACGCACUGGGGACCCGUCACCGCCUCUGCCAAAAGAGUCGCCGCCGCUAAGGUCGCCACCGCAUCGGUGCACGGCAAGAUGGCGUCAGCCACAGACUCGCGCUAUGGGCAGAAGGAGUCCUCAGACCAGAACUUUGACUACAUGUUCAAGAUCCUCAUCAUUGGCAACAGCAGUGUGGGCAAGACAUCUUUCCUCUUCCGCUACGCAGACGACUCCUUCACACCUGCCUUUGUCAGCACUGUGGGCAUCGAUUUCAAGGUCAAGACCAUCUACCGCAACGACAAGAGGAUCAAGCUGCAGAUCUGGGACACGGCGGGACAAGAGCGAUACCGAACCAUCACUACAGCCUACUAUCGAGGUGCCAUGGGCUUCAUCCUCAUGUAUGACAUCACCAAUGAGGAAUCCUUCAACGCUGUGCAGGACUGGUCAACCCAGAUCAAGACUUAUUCAUGGGACAAUGCUCAGGUGCUGCUGGUGGGGAACAAGUGUGAUAUGGAGGAUGAGCGGGUGGUAUCAUCAGAACGCGGCCGGCAGCUGGCUGACCACCUUGGGUUCGAGUUCUUUGAGGCAAGCGCCAAAGACAACAUUAAUGUCAAGCAGACCUUUGAGCGCCUGGUUGAUGUCAUCUGUGAGAAAAUGUCUGAGUCACUGGACACGGCUGACCCCGCGGUCACAGGCGCCAAGCAGGGCCCACAGCUCACGGAUCAGCAGGCGCCCCCGCACCAGGACUGCGCCUGUUGAGAGCUGGCCCACCCAUCCUGGCCCCCACCCUUGCCCGCCUCCUCCUCCAGGUUGACCCAGAUCAAGACUGGGCCUGACCUGGUUCCCCUGGCUAUGGGCGUGAGACCCCUGUCCUGACUUAGCCCGUCACCCAUAUUUAUUAUUGUAGCUAUUUAUUUAUUGGAGAUGUCCACUGGGGGCUCGGCACCCCACCCACCCACCACACCCUGUACAGACAGUCCUAUCCCCGCUCUGCCGUGGCGUGUCGUGGCCCCUCAAACUUACCACUCCCCCUCCUCUCCAGACCCACCUUUUUAAAAAUUCACCCCCAUCAAUAGUUCUGUUUUGAAGAGGGGACCAGAUGACACCUGAGGGCAGGGUGACCAGGUGGUGGGAGGUGGACAGGCCUGCCAGCUGCUUGGCUGUGACAUAGUGGGCUGAGACCAUGGCGGGGUCUCAGCAUGGACCACAGGGUGGGUCAGAGCCAGACAAUGGCCCUCCUGGCUC